UUGACUAAACAGUGUGGAGUGAGUUGACCAAAAGCUAUAUUGGUAGUUGACCUUCUCCCACAAUAUAUAUCUACCUUUUUAAUACAGUAGGGGCAAAAACAAUAAAUCAUACAGUCUGCAGUCGAACAUACUAUUACUUAUUACUAAGAAAAGAAGUUUAUUUUCUUUGACACCACUGGAGUGCAUUGAUCUAUUAAUUAAUUGAUAUUGGAUGUCAAACAAUUGAUAAUUUUUACAUGUAGUCUUUAAGUUAACAACAAGGUCCCAAAUAAAAAUCAUAAAAAUUAGAUGAUUUGGCCUUAUUGAUGGGGCCAUGUGACUUACACUGAAUGUUAAUUCAUCUUCCUCUAUUUUAGCACAUUUUCUAUGGACCCGAUAUUGGUAACUUUUAAGAAUAAACGAAACAGCUUAGUAAUUUAAAUUAAUAAUGGUUUUCGAGGUUAAAAAAUUUGAGAUUAGUAUUUAUACUUACUUGUUUGAACUUUAUUAGCCUAUUGAUGAAAAUGCUUCCAAAUUGUGACGAAAACUUUCAUUUGGAAAAGCGUCACAAAUUAAUUACAAGCAGAUAACAACAGAUGUUUUUUAUUAUUGUGGGUUUUUUUAGAUGUCGUUUGCUCAAAUCGUGCACAAGGAAACAAACAUUUACAAUGGAAUUUAAAGCCUAACACAGUUAGGGAUGUUGAUGAUAUAUUUAUAUUUUAAGAAAUCUAUUUUUAAUUUAUUAACACUGUUUUUGUUGAUUUUUCUUUUAGAAAUUUUUGAAUCUGGUGCAGUAUGACGAAAAGAAGAACUAAAUCUACGGUAGAGAAAGAAAGCAGUCUGUUAAGUGAUGAAGUCCAAGAUGAAAGCCCAAUCGGCUUGGUCCAAGAUGAAAGCCCAAUUGGCUUGGUCCAAGAUGAACUCCGAGCACGGUUAACGCAGACAGUGCUACGAACACAAAUUAAUGGCUUAGUCCAGGAGAAAAAACAGCUCUAUGACUUAAUACACAGGACAGCUUCUUGUGGAGAAAGCAACUCGGCAUUGGUGAUUGGUCCCCGCGGCAGUGGUAAAACAAUGGUGCUGAAGACAGUUAUUACUGAGAUUGCUGCUGAUGAAACCAUCCAACAAAAUCUUCUAACUGUUCGCCUUAAUGGCUUACUGCAGACAGACGACCGGAUUGCUUUGAAGGAAAUCACUCGACAGUUACAGCUGGAGAACACACUAGGGGACAAAGUGUUUGGUACUUUUGCAGAGACUUUGCAGUUCUUGUUGGAAGCUUUGAAGAGUGGCAAUAACCACAGCACGAAGCCCAUCUUAUUCAUACUGGACGAGUUUGACUUGUUUGCUCAUCACAGAAAUCAGACCUUGUUAUACAACCUGUUUGAUGUGUCGCAGUCGGCCCAAACUCCUGUGUGUGUGAUCGGUUUGACAUGUAGACUGGAUGUGAUAGAAUUACUGGAGAAACGAGUGAAGUCGCGAUUCUCUCAUCGCCAGAUUCAUCUCUUCAACGCUCUAUCCUUCCACGAUUACUGUCAUAUUUGUCGAGCGACUCUCAGUUUACCACAUCAGUUUCCCGACGACAAAUUUGCCAAACGCUGGAACCACCAGAUAGAGGAACUGGUUGAUGAAGUAAACGUGCGUGAUGUUCUACGUCGGCAGUUCAACUUAAACAAGGACAUCAGAGGCUUACAUUCAUUAUUGACCUGGCCAAUCUGUCAGCUGAGUCCAUCUCACCCUCGGUUGAAAGCAGCAGAUUUCCUCGACUCGUUUAAAAUGAUCACGGUCGACAGCAAGUCUUCCAUACUACACGGUGUAUCGAUCUUGGAGCUGUGUCUUAUAAUUGCCAUGAAGCAUAUUACUGACGUAUAUGACGGGGAACCAUUUAAUUUUGAAAUGGUCUACAGUGAAUAUAUGAAGUUUGCUCAGAAGAAAUCCAGUAUACAGGUGUUUGAAAAACCAGUUGUAUUGAAGGCAUUUGAACAUCUGAUAGCCCUGGAGCUGAUCCGGACGAUGGACGGAGGGGGGACUCGUGUCCAGAAAGAAUUCCGCAUGAUGGAUCUGCUCAUCCACAACUCACAGAUACUAGAUGCUCUCCAGAGUUACCCAGACUGUCCCACAGAGGUCAAACAGUGGGCGUCUUGUGCUGUUGUAUGAUCUAUUGAACUUGUAGAUAGAAACCAAGUAACACCAUGUGGUAUCAAAUGUCAAUCCAAACAGAGACCACCAGUGGGCAUCUUGAACUUCAACAUAGGAAGAGACAUGAUGUGGCAUCUACUGUUGAUUCCAGUAGGGACUUCUAGAGGUGAACAGUGGGAGUCUUACACUGUCAUAUGAUUAUUGAACUGCAAGAUAGAAAGGGACACCAUGUGGUUUCUACUGUUGAUUCCAGUAGGGACUUCUAGAGGUGAACAGUGAGCGUUUUAUGCUGUUGCCGAUGUGUGAGAAGCAUACAAACAGUGGCACCAUGUGCCUGGCAUGAACCAUCAGAAUUCCAACAUUAGUGUCUGGUAGAGCUGACAUUAGACUUAUUAUGUUGCAUGGCAUCAUGUUUAUCAUGAACAAAACACUAUUAUACCACAUUCGUCAAGUGAUUAUUGUGUCGGUUGGUAUUGUUUGGGAAUUCAGUUGCCAGUCCACUAUGUCAAAAGCCUGGAGUAAAAAUAACCCAUUUGGGUGAAGCUGUUACUUCUUUCCAUACCUUAUAUAUGUCCAUAUUGAGGUUAAUUUGUAAUAUGGAGUUCAGUGAAGCUUUGUUAUCAGUUGGAUCAAAUUUCUUUCAACACCCAUGUAGUCAGUCCGAUACAUCUGCUGUAAACAGAAUUUGACGACUGAUUGACUUGUGUGUAAAACAAGGAGUGUUUGUGACCAAGUUGGCCACAUCACAUGUGUACAAUAUUUAACAGGCGUACUUGCCAUUUUUCGGCAACCGAGUGUUGAUAGUAUUGCACAGUAUAACACAAAAUUUUCGACAAGUUCCAAUUUCUUGAAUAUUAAUAAUUUUGUUUAAUGGAAGCACAUAAUGACUACACAUCACCCUCAAUCAGCCGACCAUCCAGACAAUCAAUUUCUUUCAAACUGGCUGAGCAAGGAAGUGAAUCAGCCAAUUUGAAAGAGGUUGGCAGUCUGAUUGGUCAGCAGAUUGAAAGCUAUGUUGAGAGUUGUUGGUGGAUAGAGCUGCCAUUAAGAACAUUUUUCAGUACUUGUUGAAAUUUAGUAAUCAGCUGGUGGUGGAAUACUGUCUUCAUUCAGUCAAUGAAAAACGGUGAGUUUGCUUGUUAGUAUUUGGCACAUGCGAUGCGGCCACAAGCACUCUCUGUUUUCCACAAGUGAAUCCAACAUUAAACUCAGUUGACGGAAGAUGUAUUGGAACACCUUCUUUUCUGCACUGUAUGUGUAACCUCCAGUAGUUGAUAAUUUACAAUGUCCAUCUUUUCAUUCCAUUUGGAUUUUUUGUUUUAACCUUUACAAUCUUGAAAAUAAUAACUAUUAACUCUGAUAAUUUUCUCCUAUUUAUUUAUCAUGAAAUUAACAAAUAUGUAUGGUUUAUAACCAUUAUUUAAACUUUCUUCACAAAAACCACAUACAAUAAUAUUUAACUCAUAAUAAUUUUAUCCCAUUUAUUUGUCAUUAAAUUAACAAAUAUGUAUGGUUUAUAACCAUUAUUUAAACUUUCUUCACAAAAACCACAUACAGUAAUAUUUAACUCAUAAUAAUUUUAUCCCAUUUAUUUGUCAUUAAAUUGACACACCUGUAUGGUUUAUAACCAUUAUUUACACUCUUUAUUUCUUCACAAAAAACAAAUUAACUAUGAUCAAGUCAAAAAUCACAUUAAAUAACCCACACAACCUGAGUAUAUAUGUCGGACAUAUAAUUGUCAAAAAUGCUGACUGCGACACAUUGCAAUAAAAUAUAUAUAGAUAUAUAUUGCAGACGGCCACAUCUGGGUUUAAGCUGUUGUUCACCUAAUGAAUUUGAUGAAUAUGUAAUUCUUAAUUAAUUCGCCAGAAAGGUCGUUAUAGAAUCAUGCGCCUUUCGUAGGUCGUUAUAGAAUCAUGCGCCUUUCGUAGGUGUAUUUCUAUUUUUGCACUUGAAAUAUCAAUCAGGCUACAGAUUUUCUGACACAAUUUGCCAAAUGCUAAUUAUUUUUGUGGUCCAGCUUAAACCCUGCCAAAUGUAUUGAUUAUUGUAUAACUAAUUGUAAAAAUGUGUUAAUAGUUGCAAGAAAAAUGGAACAGAGUAUUAUUAAAGUGGAAUGUCAUUGCA